UGACACCCGGGGUCGAGCUGUCGAUGGCGUCAAAGAGUUCUAUGAGAAGGGAGACAACUCCAAGACCAUACGAUGGACAACAAGCAGAGCUGGAUGACGCGACUAGUUACAUUAAUUAAUGUUACACGCUUUUUCUUGCAUGAAGGUCAGGUGUUACUAACAGCCAACCGCUUUAUCAACGCUCGCGUGAUGCAAACUGCUAUGCAGUAUAUCUGAUCCUACUCUGCCAAAAAAAAAACAAAAAAACAAGACAGUGUCGUUCAUCUACAUAAAUGGGAUAGGCAGGCUCAUACAUGAUGCAUGAGCCUUGGUUCAGAUAUGCUAAACCCAGGUCUACUUGCUUUCCCUGAAGCUGUAGCCGUCAGUGCAUCUUCAUUGUCGCCAUCAUCUGGCAUCUCCAACUCCUUCCCAUCACUGAUACUUCACUCACUCCCAUCAUCAAACUUGACUGGACUUCCAUCAGCAUCAGUUUUUCAGGGAAAUAGCUUUUCGUGUCCUCAGCAAUCCACCCAAACAAGAGAGGCAAAUCUGACUACAGCUUCUUUGGCACCCAUUAUAUCUCCAUGUUCUUUGUCUUCAAAAGCACAAAAUUCAACACCUCUUUGCAGUUUUGAUGUGCUAUCCUUAAAUCCAGCUGCAGACAGUCACCCAAAUAAGAAUGGUGGUCAAGAUGAGAAACCGAAACUACAAAGCUAUGGCCUGCAAAGGGGACUAGAGUGGAAAAUAGUGGGAGUUACGUCUUUGUCAGAAAGCUUCCCAAAGGGAAUGCUGAUCCAGUCUGCAGCAGCAACACAUAAUAACCAGCAGCAGGAAUCUCCUGAUGUCCAGCAAAUGCCCGAGAGAUCCACUUCUUCAAGGACUGGUCCUGGUGCAGUCUCGCCUAAAGGCAAUGAACAGUGGACUAUUGUAGGGGUGACAUCGCUAGAUCAGGCAGUUGGUUUUACAGGCACACUGCCACUAAUUUCAUCCCCAACCACACUAGUCAGUCAGACAUCAGCAAAGACACCAGCAGAGCUACCAACGCAGGAAAUAUACGACACUAACAGUGUUGGAGGUGGUGGUGUUGAUGCUGGUGUGCCAUUAUUGCCGGGUGACCCAUCAGCACUCUGUUGCCAGUGGAAGAUUGCAGGCAUCACUACUUUACCUGUGCCUACUGUGAUUACUGCUCCACAGGCGAACCUUCCCAACUCUGCAGUGCCGCAGCUAGUGGAAGACAGCCCUGGCUCAAAAGCAAGCCCAUAUCGUGUGGAGGAGGGUCCAAAAUGGAAGGUAGUUGGCAUGACUUCAAUUAGUUCAGAGAAACUGGGGGAUGCUCCAGGCAAGUCCUGUGCCUUUAGUCACCAUGGCAGCAGCAGGACCUCUAGUAUCGGUUCCAGCUGCACCAGCUUCAGCUGUUGGAGAAGGUGCCUGGAAGGUGGUAGGGGUUGUGCCGUUGCCUCAGACAGCUUGUGCUCCUAACAGUCAGCUUGCAAGUCAGUCCUCAGGCGUUGUCAGUUGCGAUCCGAGUUGUGCACCAUGCAGCACCCUCACCAGCCGAAAGAUUCUGCCCACGACAGACAUGCCAAAAGAAGUCAAAGCUUUGCCCCACCCUUUGUCUUUCCUUAAAAACUGUUCCAAUCAUUUCCGCAAUGCAGUCUUGAAGAAGAACACCGUGUCAACUAUGCUUGAGUUGAAAAGAGCUUAUGAAAAGCGAUGUAGGUUAGGAAAUAAAACAAAUCCAUUGUUUUGUCAAGAAUCUUCAAGUCAAGCUGCGAACAGUCAAAGGUGCAAAGGGCAGUGCAUAACGGACAGUUUUGUCAGUGCUGAUGACAGAACAGUGCUGUCAGAAUUGUACCAUUCACAGAUGUUGGACCAGUCUCAAUCUACAAACCAUUCAGAAUCAAGGGAGCCCACAGGAAGUUAUUCAGAGAUGACAAAACAGAGUCCGGUGUCGGAAAACCAAAUGCCAAAAAGUAAUGAAGAAAGAGGAUCAUUGUUAGGAUCAAGUAAACAUGCCAGACAAGAACAGGCUUCUUCAGAUGAUGCGGAGAUGUUGUAUGAUCAAUGGCGAGUAUUUAAGUCCGAAGGUAAUGAACUGGUAAUGGCUGCAAAUGGUGAAGGAGAUGGAGUGCACUUAGCUGCAGUUGAUCCCUGGGGUGUUUGUACUGAUGAGGACCUGGAUGAAAUUGCAGAAAUGAUGGCAGAAAGAGCAGACAAAACACCGCCAUCCUCAUCACGAAAACGUAAAUUAUCUACUCCUCGUAAAAUGGUGCAGUGAUUGCAGGCAGAGAAUGGGUACCAGUGCAUGAACAUGUCUGAGUGCAUUUAUGUUAUGAACAUGGCUGCCUAGCAGAUGCACAAUACAUAUGUAAGUAUUCAGAUGCAUUACAUUUUUAUAGCUUUAUUUUGAAUGAAUGCAACAAAGAUUUGAAAGAGAUUCUAUGUGCAGAGCUCAAAUUGUGCUAGUUUUGCAUACUUUCAUAUUCAUUUCUGAAACAUGGAUGACUCUUGGAUAUAGGCUGAAACACAUGGAUGACUUGGAUAUACUAUCAAGAAGUUUUUGAUGCUUCAGGCUGGAUUUCUAUAAAGGAAUGCCAACAAAAAUGUGAACUGAAUGAUGUGAAACCUGAAGGGCAGCUGCAGUGCAGGCUUGUGAUAUUUGCAGUGGAAAAUUUUCCAGAUCCAUGCUGGUCAUGAAUCUGGAAAGGGACUCCGUGCAGCUUUAAAUUGUGUUCCAUGUUCUCCAAGAACAUUUAGAAAUGACUGACACUUAUCCGAUUGUAAACUACAUUAAAAAAAAAUAAAAAUAAUUGAAAUAGUUGUGGAGCAUGAGAAGGGCCUUUCAAUCUUCAAAACUGAAUUUGCAUGAAUGUGAAAAACGCAAACCCAGACAGACUUGGCAAUGCAAUGAGAGCAAUAUACUGCAGUCCCUUUAGUUUAUAAAUAUUCCUAUGAGAAUAUUAGGUUGAAAAAGUCCCUCUAGGAUACACCAUGUUUUCCAGUGAGGUCAGUUAAAAUUGUGCUGGUAUUGUAUACAAAUGUUUACUUGUAAAGCUGAAUGUGUAAAUGUGUUUACAUGUAAAUCUGAAUGUGUAACAGUUGCUGAGUUGAGGGAGGGAUAGGGGAAGGCCCUAGCAUACCUGUGCACCAUCAGCUGCAAAUGCAUUGAUGUCAAAUCUGUGAUUGUAACAAGCAGUACUGUCCAACGUGAUUUUGUGAAGAUCUGUGCCAAAAUAGUGAGCUUAAGACAUUGAAGACACAACACUCAAAGGUGGUACCUGCCCCGCGUAUGAAUAUGCAUAUAUAUAUAUGGAGUGUUGUUUUGUCGACAGAUUCUGUUGCAAGACAGCUAAGCAUUGUUGGUGGAUUAAUAAACCAGGCAAGUGGAUUUGCUGUGGUCUGUAUAUCAUUUCUGUAAUGCGCUCUUAACAAAUCAUUGGAGGAGCACUAUAUAAAUGUUUAUUAUUUCUGUUCAUGCUAAGUAUCUUUCACCUAUGCAUUUUAUUGCGCUAGAUCACAAGCGAAUUGUCAUAUGGCACAGGAUAUAAAAUUAUUGCUCGUACCCUGCUCCACAUUUUAAUAAAAUCAAAACAAGUUAAAA